GACAAGAAACUCGAGCCUCAUCACUGUCUCUGUGUGCUCAAUGUUGCAAGCAAGCAGGGUGACGGUGCCUUACUGAAAAGGCACUCAAAGAAGCAUUACCACAAUAAUUACAUUUGGAAACAGGCGACUGCGUUUACCGGUACCUUGCUAAAAUAGUAUUUUAUAUUAGUUUGAUAAUGUCGGUGGGCAUUCAGUCGGGAUUUUCAAGUGAAGAGGUUCUGAACGUUCGCUUCCCACUCCACCGGGCGUGCAGGGAUGGAGAUAUCGGUGCGUUGUGCUCGCUUCUUCAGUGCACCUCAAACCCGGCGGAUUUAGCCGUGGAGGACUCUUUCUAUGGCUGGACACCCAUACAUUGGGCUGCUCAUUUUGGAAAGUUGGAGUGUGUGAUGCGUCUGGUGCAGGUGGGCUGUGGGGUCAACGCGGUGACCACAAGGUUUGCUCAGACACCCACUCACAUCGCUGCGUUUGGGGGCCACCCAGAAUGCCUGCUGUGGCUGCUGCAAGCUGGCGCCGACAUCAACAGACAGGACUAUGUGGGUGAGACACCCAUCCAUAAGGCUGCCCGUGCAGGCAGUUUGGACUGUGUCAACGCUCUCCUGAUUCAGGGGGCGAAAGCUGAUAUGAGGAACGCUAGUGGGCUGUCCGCCGCUGACCUGGCCCAUGCCCAGGGGUUCCGCGAAUGUGCUGAGAUGCUCUCCAAUGCGCAGAACCUGCAGCAGAACCUGACCCAGACCCAGCUUAACGGCUUCUGUCUGAACGGUACCACCCAGAACGGAGGCCACUCCCACCCUCUCAUCCUAGGGCGGAGCCUCCUUAACGGGGCACCCAAUAGAAAGAGAUCGUUUGAUAACAUGGAAGCCAAUCAAAUCAAGAAGGCCAGAACUGACGGUAUGGGCCUGCCGCUGGGGAUGCUGAAUGGGUCGGUCUGCGGCGUCGGAGAGUUCCUGAUGGAGAGCAUGGAGUCAGCGCCACCGGCAGUGAGCUCAGGUGGGCCAGGACCCUUGGCAUUUGGGAUGAAUGGGUCUGCGCCGGUGCCAGGCCUGGUGGACCAGGGGGGAGUGGAGGUGUCCACACCGGCCCCUAAGGAGCUGGAGAUCUUCACUGUGGCCUCCAUGCAGAUCCCCUGUCGCUGCACUAACUCCUAUGCCUACCUGUAGAGACCUUAGAGUGCAUGUGUUGAGUGUUGACCCUCCUAGUCAUUGUAUCUUGGUAGAAUGUCCAUCAGGCCCUCUCUGGCCAUGUUCUCUCACUGAUGGAAUUAAUUUUAGUGCCAUUGUUGGGUUCUUGGCAUGAUAAUGAUAUAUUUCCCGGGUUCUAGAAAUAAAGGCAUAAAUAGUUAAUUUAUUGUAUUCUACAUACAUGUUAAGAAAUCCAUUGCCUUGCUACCAUACUUAAUUGAUAGAGAAACAUUAGUUUUAUGUUUUGUUGUUAUACCAGGUUCUUUGAAUGAUCCACACAAUUCUUGUUAAAUAGUCUUGUGUUUUUGGCAAAGCCCCUUACGAUGAGUGACUUCUGUUUUGCACAAUUAUCCCUCCACACCCUACAUUGCCCAAUGGUAACUGUAAUAAUGUUGUAAAAUUCUAAUCUACAUUCCUUUGAUGUAGAAACGCCCACACCUUGGGAACAACUUACUGAAACCAGCCUCACUUGGUUUCCGGAGAAGAAUAGGGAGAAGGUUAGACUUUGGUUAGUUCAAAUCCUAGAGGCUGCACUGAAGUUUCCCUCCGCAUCAUGAAUAUGCAAUGGCGGAAUUCUGACCUUUACGAAGAUAGACCAGUGGUUCCCAACUGUUUUUUAACCGUGGCACACCUUGAUGGGAUAGCAUUUCACUAUUAAUUUAUUUAGUGGUAAUGACCUCUUUAUUUUAUCUGAUCCAUACAGCAAAUAUAUUUUCUGUGACACGUUUUUUAUACAUUAAAUAUGGUUUGUUUGAAAUAGUUCCUUACUCAUGAUUGUCAUUGUGUGUGUGUACUAGAGGUCUUCGUGAAUCCAGCUGUACACGAAUCCCCGAGACCAGAUCUGGGAUGCAAGCGUGUCCGGAUCGAGAAUUCUUAAUAAUAUCAAGGGUCUGGGUCGGCUCUGAUAUGAUUGCCUUGGGUAUGUGUAAUUUUUAACUGACUUGCUAGGACCCACAUAAAUUCGAACACGAAUGCUGCAGUAGAGAGAGACAGAGAAGUUGUAUAAAUUUUGCUGCUGCUCUUUGUUUUUCAUGAAAGUGGUACGUGUAGCUUGUUGUUGGCCAAUCAUAAGAGCCAAUGUAUGCUUGGUCCGAAAAUGUGGUCAAGGCACGAUAUGGAUGGUGUGACACAAUUGCGGAGCCUCGGGGGGCACGCACAGGCCAAAUUGAGCUCUGUACCGCAUCGCCGUGCGCCACUCAAAUGCGGAGGUCUCCGUAUAGCGCCGCGUUGACUGAUUGGUUGACUAGGUGAGGGCGGGAGGUCCUGUAUAAACACAAACUGACUUCCUUGACAACUUCCUUCACUACAGCUCUGGGAGUUGUUUGUAACUAGAACGGGAAAGCGUAUGCAGCAUCAAAUAAUGUAGCUUGCGCUCUUAACUAGCUUCUCCCGGUUUGAUGCAGUCAAUAUAGGUACCAGUACUUAAUCAUAUAUGAUGAUAAAUAACCUAGCUAUGGCAGCGAUUAGUCUACUAUAGCUCAAGUCGGAUUGGUUGGUUGCGGUCUCUCCCGCCACUGUUCCUGUGUCGCUCAUUCACGCACACAGUAGCCUACCACACAGCAUGGCCCCUGCUAUAGCGUCAUUACUCUCUACCUCUUCCCUUGGGCUUUAUCAGCUCCGGUUAAUAAAGUAGCUUAAAAAUGUACUUGUCUGUUGCUUCAGGACCGGGUCUGUAUCGAUCAGGUCUAUACCGAACGGGUCUAGUUGUCCUCGGUUCUGUUCAGAACAGGUCUCUCUAUAUAGUUGUAUUUUAUUUAUGCAUAUCGGGUCCGGAUGGGAAACCCCAGGUCCAUUUUAGAAUGGAUCCAUCUUUUUUGACCCGUGAAGGCCUCUACCGGUUUAAGGGCGUCCCCGAAUCUGCACCAGAAAUAACAAAAUGUAGCACUGGUUAAAUAUGUAUUUUAGUUUUUAACGGUUUGCGCUACAAACAGGCGGGUUUCUGCAUUAUAAAGGUGCUACCAAGGACACAAAGCCAUGCUCUGUUUGUUUCUAUAGCACAGUGACUCCGGCUAAAUUUAAUCAGACUUUCCUGUUUUAAUGGUUUUCACAGACUAAGUAAAGUGAUACAAAUUAUAUAACCGACUCUAGUGCGCCAAAGUAAAAAUUCCAUGUGCAUUCCACAGGUCCCGUUUUAUAAGUGCGUGUUAAACAUCGUUUGGUGGCCACUGAGUUAAGACAUCCAGUACUGCAUUUAGUGGUAGUAAUGUUGUUGCACCACUUUGGCCAAUAAGGGGAUAAAGACAUAAUUUGUCCAUCAUGUCAGAAUGAAGAGACUACUAGAGAAUGUUCCUGCCCUUAAAGUAAAAAUAAGGGAAAGCAUAUUUUGUUUUAUCUGCUUUUUCUUUUAUUCCCCCUGAGAAAAUCUACCUUUUUGGACAUUUCUGGUGGUGACUCUGUCUCAUAGCUAUUUUUUUUAUACAAGAACUCCCUUGUUAUGCCAAAGCAUAUCUUUACGUUAAUCUUUACUGUGCAACUUUUCUGUAUUAUGUGAGCUUUUAGGUAUUUCCAAGGUGUGCUAUAUGGCCUGACCCUGUCCUAUUAGCUAGCAGACUGGAGACUUUGGUUGGAUUAACCCCUCCUAGUGCCCUCAUCUUCUCUCAUUCUACUUUUCUAGGAAAGGACUUUGUACGCUUUUCUGUAUAGCCUAUCUAUUGUGUCUGGUGUUGAAAAUUGUGAGUUUAUUUUGACUGUUUUUCUAAGUUUUUGCAGCUUUAUUUUGCUUGUGUUUUGUUGUAUUGCUUUGCUAACUGCAGUAAUGACAAAAUGUAGACGUUGAUCUAUGACAAAUGAGCGUGAUUAGUAGUGCUACAAUUUUUAUAAAGCAAGGCAAAGCUACUCUUGCCCAAGGCAUUUUUUUAAGAAGGAAAAACAGGAACCUUCAUAAAUCUAUUGGUCACAAACUUUAAAUCCCUCCCUGCAUACAUCUGCUUCAUGACAAUUUUUCGGUCGAGCAAUCCGCUCAGCAGUACUAUUCAGUCUGUACAGAAUCACAAAUGUUAAUGAGUAGAUGGCAUAGAUUGAUGCAAAUUAGAGCUGACACUCAGUGUGGAGUAGUUUUGUACGGUUUAAACUCAUUAAAAGGUAAUUAUUUUGAAUAAA